AUGGACUACAUCCCCUACCUCACCCGCGAGCCGACUCUGUUCGAGAAGGCUUGGAGCACUGUCACCUACCCGGUCAAUGUCUUCUACCAUCCAAUCGAAUCGCUCGUCUCGUUGCCGGCCCUCUCCUUCCUCAUCAUACCCGCCUUCUCCUCAUAUGGCACCACCCUGAACUUCUUAUUCUUUUAUAUGACAUGGGCCAUCCUGAUCAAGUCUAACCCGCCGUUGCAGGUCGAGCUGAUAGGGACCGCGGGCAUACGCGUCUUGUUCUACUUGGUGCCAAGCACCCUGUUUCUGGCUCUUGAUAGCUUGGCUCCUGAUUUCGCGCAGAGCCUGAAAGAGCACGGCGAAGAUGCUUUGGCCACAGGAGAGGCGCAGGGUGGGCCACAGGGCAGGUGGUGGAAGGUCACGCUCGUCAGCGUCUUCAAUGUCACCCUUGGCGUGUUCCUGCAGACAGGGGUGGAUGUAUUGUUUACAAAAGUGUUGGGCAUAAGAAGCGCGAUCAAGAUAUCUACAAACCUGCCUAUGCCCUGGACCAUCGCUUUGCAGCUUGCAUUGGGACUCCUGCUGAGAGAGGUUCUGACGUAUGCAGUUCUUCGCUUUGUAUUGCAUGGGCAGAAGUCGCGUCUGAAGACAUGGCACGAAGGGUGGCAGCAUUCAGUGGUCGCUCCUUUCAGCUUCGUCGCGCAUUAUGAUCAUCCAGCCGCGUAUCUGCUUCAUGUAUUCCUCCCCAUGUAUUUACCUGCUGUCCUUCUCCGGAUGCACCUGUUGACAUAUCAUAUGUACAUGAUCAUUGUCUCCCUUGAAGAGACAUUCGCGUAUUCUGGAUAUAACGUUCUACCAACUGCUUUCAUCCUGGGAGGUAUUGCUCGAAGGCAAGAGCGUCAUCUUAUGGGAGACGGAGAUGGAAACUUCGGCUGUUUCGGAUUAGCGGACUUGAUCAUGGGUACGAGCCUAAGUGAUGAUCUUGUGGAGGAUGUUGUCGAUGAAGCAGAAGAGAAGCAAGUCGCCAAGAAAGCAAAGGGCAAGGCAAAGUCCGUGAAAAAGAAAGCGCGUAAGCAUGCGCCUAAACAUGACAAACAGGAGGAAGAGGAUGAUAGUGAGCCCACUGAGGAGCAGACAAGUGAGUCGCACUCGAGAAGCAGGCCAGCUCGUGGAAGAAAUGGGAAGCAGAAGGCCAGGAGUGAAGAUACAGAAGCUGAUCAGCACCAAGAUGAGGACGAAAAGCCGAAAAAGAAAAAAGCUGCCAAUGCCAAGAAAGUGAAUGGUAGGCGGAAGAAGCGCAGUAGUGACGAGGAUUGA